AUGAAAGGUCAGCUGACACCUUCAGGUCUGCUGCCUGAUGACAGUGGCGUCACAAAUGUUACUAGUAAUUCUGGUGAUACUGCUGGCAUGCAGGAGUUUGUGGUGAAUGAUAAUGAGAGUGACGACAUCAUCGAUGACGGUGAUGAUGGUGAAGAACAUGAAUUUGAGAUUAUAGAUCAGGUAGAAAGUGAAGAGGGAGAAGCAGAUGAACAGGAUAGACAAGCACUUUUAAAAGAAAGAAAUGAUGACAUAGAUGAUGGUAGUACCAGCGAAGAGGAUCUUGCUGACUCUGAGCUGCAUGCUCUGUUGGAGAAAGGAAUCGACCAGGAGACAUUGAGAAAGGAUGAUGGAUCUGCCCCCAUCAUUAAACAGAAGAUUGUGUUGAAAGAAUUUGAGUCAGAUCCGUUUGAUAUCCUGCCAGAAGGUUGGGUGUGUGUGACCCAUAACUGCGGCAUGCCUGUCUACUUGCACAAGGAGACUAGAGUGUGUACAAUGGCUAGGCCGUACUCGUUAGGCUCAGCCAGCGCCCGGGCACAUGACAUCCCGUUAUCCGCUAUUCCUUGCCUGCAGUACCGCAGACAACUAGACAAGGAAUCAGGUAACUCCAAGCCUGGGAAAGAAGGCGAUGUCUUCAGGGACACAACUCCCAUGGAAGUUUCUCAUGGCACCGGAAACAUCUCUGUAGAUGUCCAUCCACACAGCCAGGCUGUUAAAGCAACGACAGCUGGUCACACAGUUUCCUUAUGUCCAGCAACUACAGACCCCAAGCCAUCACCACGCAAGCUUUGGGUAGUCUCACAAGAAUCAUUCCAAAAGUGUCCUUUGGAGAGUCAGCAAGAGGCUCUGCAUACAGGAACCGCAGAGUUCAGUACCAUUGAUGACCAGGUCAAGUUGUUCAAGGACAGCACUGUCACUGGCAACCUUGGCUUCCCUCAGUCACCUGAAGGAGACAAUAUAGCUGUCAGCUUUGAUUCGUCUAGCUUGGACAGUUCCUGUCUGGAAGUUCAUGGAGAGAGACCUGCUCAUGCCUUAGGUUGCAACAGCAGGACAGUUUUGCCUGAUGCCUUGCCAGCUGAGCCUAGAGAAGUGAGCUCGAGCAGUCCAUUCACAGCCACAUUGACCACAUCCACCUGUGAAUCCAGUGAUCCCUGCGUGACCCUGACUUUGAAUCCCAGAGAAGAGCCAGACUGUCUGGAGGAAGGGGAGAUUGUGGAAGAUGUAAACAUUGUGUUGCCAGAGUCUGGUUCCCCCCAGACUAUGCCCAGUCAGUCUGGCAUGCCCAGCUGUGAACAGAAGGCUAAUAUUGAUGUGACCACUUGUAGCAGCAACUGUGCAGGCCAUGUCGUCAGAGAGGAGGUCACUAGUAGCUCGGAACCCUCAGAGCUGGUCACCAGCAGCAGUAACUCUUUAGCUACAAUCAAGCGUAAGAUAGAGUCACUGAAGAACAAACGAGCUGGAAAGCUGAGGAAGCUGGACGGCGGUGGAGCUGUGGCCUGGCCCACAGAUAACAACAUUGCUGUCAAACCAUUAGGCAUCGCAGAGGCAUCAAAUGUUGCUGGCCACGCUAGUGCCAACGAGAAACUGAAGAUGCAUGCAGCAGAGGUCAAGAUCAAAUCUGCAGAAGAAAGAGCUAAAGAGUCACUUUUAGACAGUCAUACUGUUCACAGUUAUUGUUCCCAACUGUUUCAGUUCAGAACACUGGAGGUAAAAAAAUACAGAUCUUGGCGUGAAAGACGGCGACAUAUAGAAGAGAGGAGUAGACGGAACCGCCCAGAACUGCCCCCCUCGACAAAGCUCAUCACAUGCCCUAUCCCAGGCAACUUGAGAUGUGAGGAUGGGGGAGAGAAUGGCAAGAAGAGAGAAUUUAUCCUGAACCCAACUGGCAAGUCGUAUCUGUGUAUCCUUCAUGAGUACAUGCAGCGCACACUCAAGAUACAGCCAUUGUACGUGUUUAAGGAGCUGGAAAACUCUAAAACUCCAUAUGGGGCUACAGUGACAAUCAGCAACAUUGAGUACGGCACCGGAUAUGCCUCUUCCAAGAAAGUGGCAAAACAGGAGGCAGCCAAAGAGACACUCAGAGUUCUCAUUCCUGACCUGUUCAAGAAAAUAUCUGACCAAGAAAUCAAGACCAAUAUUUCUGACCUAUCAUUCUUUGAUGACAUUAAAGUCACUGAUCCCAGAGUCAAUGAGCUUGGCAACAAAGUAGGGCAGCCUAGUCCCUUCCAGCUCUUGCUUGAAUGCCUGAGAAGAAAUUUUGGGAUGGGCAACACCCAGUGUGAGGUCAGCACAAAGCCACUGAAGAAUCAGAAAUGUGAAUUCACCAUCAAUGUUGGGAAACACUCAGCUAUGGUUGUGGCCAAAAACAAACGAGAAGGUAAACAGCUGGCUGCACAAGCAAUCCUGGCCAAGCUGCACCCGCAUGUCCCCAGCUGGGGCUCCCUGCUGCGGCUGUACGGCACCAGUGUGGAAAAACCUGCACAGAAGCCUGAAGAUAUGAACGACAUCAAGAGUCAUGCUCCCAACCACUCUGUCCUGGAUAGUUUGCGUCAGGAGAUGAGGAAGCUGCACCAACAAAAAGAGGCUAUACAGCCUAAAGGAAAGAUCAUCAUCAGCAGCAAAAAUCUGCCCAGCAAGAUGUCUGGAGUUGACCUGUAG